AUGUUUCUAUUUUCUUAUGUAAUAUGGCCACAUAAUGAUUAUCUAAUUAGUAUCGAUAUAUUUGAUAAAAUUGUUAAUGCAAAUAGAAAUGAUUUUAUUGUUAUCGAUAUGAUUAUUGUAUUCAUAUUACAAUCAAAAAUUAAUGAAUUUCUAAUUAAAUAUUGGCAUUAUAAUGAUGAUAAAAUAUCAUUUAAAAAUCGUAAUCAUUUGAUACGAUUUUAUCAAAAAUCUCGUUUCAUUUCAACUAAUUCUUAUCGUAUUUUUUCCAUCGGUUUAUUGGCUGUUAAUUUUAUGUUUAUUUUCUUUUCUUUUCAUUUAUAUAAUAGUGGUCAGAUUAGUUUAGUUAAAUUUCUAAUGACAUCUAUAUUUUUUUUCUUAUUUAUUUGUCAAUGUAUAUUUAUAAUUGGUGAUUCAUUAAUACUUUUAAGUUUUAUUGUUAAAAUACAAAAAUCAAUCUGGUAUCGAUUUCAUUAUCAAUAUGUCUAUCUCUAUAGUGAAACAUAUAAAUUCAAUUCAGCUGUUCGAUUUAUAUUAUUGAUCACUGAAUUAAUGUCUAAAUCUACAGUCGUAAUUUGUUUAUUAUUCUAUAGUCAUCAAACGAAAAUGUAUUUGCAGAAUACACUCGUCACAUUAAUUUUUAUAACAAUAUUCUGUUUAAUAAGCGGUCUUAAUUUUCGUAUAGCUCAACUGCCAUCAUAUAAUCGAUUAUGUUGGUUAUCCUUACAUCGUUGGAUUGCUCGAUCACAAUGGUUAAAUUUGGAACGAAAACAAUCUCACAAUAGAUUACCGCUACGAUAUUCACUUAAAUCACGUCUAUUUUUACAAUCGAUGACCAACAAUCAAUUUGGUUUUACUUGUGGUCGAUUGUUUUUCAUAUCCAAAUUCAAAUACAUUCAAAUGUUUAUCAUGAAUUUUCAUAUGGCCAUUAAAUUUUAUAAAAAAAUUUGCUUAUCACAAACCGAAUAA